GCUGCUGAUUCACAACACUUUACUUCUCAUAACUUUAUGAAACUCUGAUUUUCUUGAUUUUUGCUGGCCUUGUUCUUCCCAUCUGAUUGUUCCUUCAAAUGAUUAUAUCCUAUUGUUUGACAAGAUUGAACCAGAAGCAUAAGAGUCUUGUUGCAUUCCCGAGCAGUACAAGGGGAAAGGGACAUGCCUUACUGAGUGUUCAAUCAGUCUUGCAUAAUACAAGAUCCAACAUCAAUGACAAUGGAACAGCUGAGUCUACAAAUCUUCUUUUCGAUAAAUUAUUCGCUCGGACACAGAGAUUGGAGAGACAAACCAAUCAACACUCGCUUUAUCCUGACGAUGAUGAUCUGCCCUAUUCAAACCUUGGCGUGCUAGACUCUGACCUUGAGGCUGCACUAGUAGCCUUGUUGAAAAGGGAAGAGGACUUACAGGAUGCUGAGAGGAAGCUUCUCUCUGAGAAAAAUAAACUAAACCGGGCAAAGGAGGAGUUAGAAAAACGUGAGAAAACAAUCUCUGAAGCUUCUUUGAAGCAUGAAAGUCUUCAAGAGGAGCUGAAGCGGGCAAAUGUGGAGUUAGCUUCUCAAGCUAGAGAGAUAGAAGAAUUAAAGCAUAAGCUAAGGGAAAGAGACGAGGAACGUGCUGCUUUGCAAUCUUCCUUGACUUUGAAAGAAGAAGAGAUAGAUAAAAUGCGUCAAGAGAUUGCAAACAGAAGCAAGGAGGUUUCUGUGGCUAUCUCUGGAUUUGAAAGCAAGUCAAGACUCUUAAGCAAAGCCAACGAAGUUGUCAAGAGACAAGAAGGUGAAAUAUAUGCACUUCAGAGAGCCCUCAAGGAGAAGGAAGAAGAAUUAGAGAUUUCUAAGGCUACGAAGAAACUUGAACAAGAAAAGCUCAGAGAAACAGAAGCCAACUUGAAGAAGCAGACAGAAGAGUGGCUGAUAGCCCAGGAUGAAGUGAAUAAGCUUAAGGAGGAAACCGUCAAACGCUUAGGAGAAGCCAAUGAAACCAUGGAGGACUUCAUGAAAGUGAAAAACCUUCUGACUGAUGUGAGAUUCGAGCUUAUUUCUUCUCAGGAAGCUUUGGUAUUUUCCAGGGAGCAAAUGGAAGAAAAAGAGCUACUAUUAGAAAAACAAUUGGAGGAACUCGAGGAACAGAGGAAAAGUGUGUUGUCAUAUAUGCAAAGCUUGAGGGAUGCUCACUCUGAAGUAGAAAGCGAGAGAGUAAAGCUCAGAGUUGUUGAGGCUAAGAAUUUUGCGCUUGAGCGGGAAAUAUCGGUCCAAAAAAAACUGCUGGAGGAUUUACGAGAGGAGUUGCAGAAAGAGAAACCAUUGUUGGAGCAAGCUAUGCAUGAUAUAUCCGUUAUUCAAGAUGAGCUUUACAAAAAAGCUAACGCGUUCCAGGUAUCACAGAAUCUACUUCAGGAGAAAGAGUCAAGUUUGGUGGAGGCCAAACUAGAGAUUCAGCAUCUGAAGUCCGAACAGGCUUCUCUACAACUAUUACUGCAAGAAAAGGAUGAAGAACUCUCAGAAGCUCGAAAUAAAUUGGAAGAAGUGAACCAGGAGGUAAAAGAGCUAAAGGCACUUAUGAUCAGUAGAGAAGAUCAGCUUAUGGAGGCAACUGAAUUGCUGAAGGAGAAAGAUGUCCACCUUCACAGAAUAGAAAGUGAGCUGGGCAACUCCAAGCUGAAAGUCACUGAAGUUGAAAUGGUGGUGGAAAGAAUUGCAGAAUUGACGAGCAGAUUGCUUAUGUCAACCACCGAUGAUCAAAAUCAGAACGCAAUGAGGAUUAAUAGUGAGGUAAGCUUUGACUCAAUGCAGCAACCACUAGAGAAACCUCAUGAUGAUUACGGAAAGGAGAACAAACGGCUGGUGAUGGAGUUAAGCUUCACCAGAGAAAAUCUACGGAUGAAAGAAAUGGAAGUUCUAGCGGUGCAGAGGGCGUUGACAUUUAAAGACGAAGAGAUCAACGUGGUCAUGGGAAGAUUAGAAGCCAAGGAGCGGGAACUCAAGAAAUUGAAAGAAGAAACGAUCAAUGACAGUGAAGAUUUGAAAGUGCUCUAUGCCUUGGCACAAGAGAGAAUAGGGGAGAAAACAAUGGGUGAGCUGGCCAUAGAGAAGCUUCAGCUUGAGGCAGCUCAACUUGAAGUUGAAGCUGCAACGAGUGCAUUACAGAAGCUUGCAGACAUGAGCACGGAACUUCUAACUCAAGCUGACAUGAGCAUUGAGGCCGACCCAACUUACAUUGUAAUGCCAGAGAAAGGGUAUUCAGAAGGAAGUAAUGAGUGUAUUGGUGAGGUAAAAACAGAAGUUGUCAGGCUCUGGUCCUUGACAGAGAAACUCCUGGAGAAUGCAGGAAUCGUUGCUGAAUUACCGGAGGUUAAAUAUGUUGUCACUAAGUGUUCUCGAUUUGUUCCGCACUACAAGGCUUGUAACUGUAAGGUUGUCUCAUCAGUUCUUGAAAAGUUUACACAUGAAGGAAGGGAGUUGUCUAAGGUAGUUAUUAAUCUAGGCCUGACCAGCAAUUUGCAAGGAACAAUUGCCCCACCCAUGCAAAGCGCGGGCCGGUCACCUAGCAAGACGAUGACAAUGAUGAUGAUGAUACGAAGGAACCUCGGACCCGUGUGGGCGAAGUUUGGCGGCGGAACGAGAUCCUAUAGUACUAGUAAGUCUGCCAGAUCUAAAGAUGGAGCUAUCUCCACGUCUUCCUCAUCAGGAGGAGCAUUGCGGGAAAAGUUUUGGAUAGUGGGUAUACCAGUGGUUCAGCAGGUUAUGCAGGAUACAAAGCCUGUAUCCGAGUAUUUCUUUCCUAUCGACAACGAACCGUUUAGGGAAAGCCUCGAGGAGGAGGAAUCUGAGUUGCAAGCGUGGGUGAAACUGAUAAAAGAUUUGGAGGAGGACGAGCAUGAUCCAAUUCUUGACGAUAAAAAAGAAGCUGAAGCAAAAUCUGAGGUUUCUGUUGGUGGUGGUGAGAGAGAUAUGGCUCCUUCUACUUCUGGUACUUCAAUCCACAGAUCGGGCUCUAGACCUCAGCUUGAUCUAAGCAAAGCUGAAAUUCAGGGGAAUCUCGAGGAGAGAGAUCCCACCAUUUUGUUGCCUAAUCAGUCUGAUGAUAUCUCUCAUUUGGCUCUUGAUAUUGGAGGUUCUUUGAUAAAGUUGUUGUAUUUUUCACGACAUGAGGACUACUCGAAUGAUGGUGAUAAGCGGAAGAGGACGAUCAAGGAGAGGUUGGGUAUAACCAAUGGCAACUUGAGAAGCUAUCCUGUUCUUGGUGGCAGACUUCAUUUUGUCAAGUUUGAGACUCACAAAAUUAAUGAGUGCUUGGAUUUUAUUCACUCCAAGCAGCUUCAUCGCCGAGAUCCUUAUCCUUGGAGUUCAAAAACCUUGCCUUUGGGGACUGGUGUUAUCAAGGUCACAGGUGGCGGGGCCUAUAAAUUUGCAGACUUGUUCAAGGAACGGCUGGGCGUUAGUAUUGAGAAAGAAGAUGAAAUGCAUUGCCUUGUUUCUGGAGCAAAUUUUUUGCUCAAAGCUAUUCGACAUGAAGCCUUUACACACAUGGAGGGUGAGAAAGAAUUUGUACAGAUAGAUCCAAAUGAAUUGUAUCCCUAUCUUCUCGUGAACGUUGGAUCUGGUGUUAGCAUAAUCAAGGUUGAUGGUGAAGGAAAGUUUGAACGUGUGAGUGGGACUAAUGUUGGCGGUGGUACCUAUUGGGGCUUAGGAAGACUUCUAACGAAGUGCAAGAGUUUUGAUGAAUUGCUAGAACUCAGCCAAAAGGGAGAUAAUAGUGCCAUUGACAUGCUCGUUGGUGAUAUUUAUGGUGGCAUGGAUUAUUCCAAGAUUGGUCUCUCUGCUUCAACAAUAGCUUCUAGUUUUGGCAAGGCCAUAUCUGAAAAUAAGGAACUGGAUGAUUACAGACCUGAAGAUAUUUCCUUGUCUCUGUUGCGAAUGAUUUCGUACAAUAUUGGGCAGAUAUCAUACUUGAAUGCCCUUCGCUUUGGGUUGAAGCGAAUAUUUUUUGGAGGAUUUUUUAUAAGGGGUCACGCAUAUACCAUGGACACAAUUUCCUUUGCUGUACAUUUCUGGUCGAAAGGAGAGAUGCAAGCUAUGUUCUUGAGGCAUGAAGGUUUUCUGGGUGCUCUGGGUGCGUUCAUGAGCUAUGAGAAGCACGGAUUGGAUGAUUUAAUGUCCCAUCAGUUGGUUGAGAGGUUCCCAAUGGGUGCACCAUAUACUGGAGGAAAUAUUCACGGACCACCGCUCGGUGAUUUGAACGAGAAGAUUUCGUGGAUGGAGAAGUUUGUGCGUAGAGGAACUGAAAUAACUGCUCCUGUACCGAUGACUCCAUCAAAAACGACUGGGCUUGGAGGGUUUGAAGUUCCCUCAUCCAGAGGUAGUGCUCUAAGAUCUGAUGCCAGUGCUUUAAAUGUUGGUGUUCUCCAUUUUGUGCCCACACUGGAGGUGUUCCCAUUACUGGCUGAUCCAAAGACGUAUGAGCCUAACACGAUUGAUCUAUCAGAUCAAGGCGAACGAGAGUACUGGCUCAAAGUUUUGUCCGAGCAUUUGCCAGACCUCGUUGAUACGGCUGUGGCAAGUGAAGGAGGAACUGAGGAUGCGAAAAGGCGGGGUGAUGCUUUUGCUCGUGCCUUUUCUGCUCAUUUGGCAAGAUUAAUGGAGGAGCCAGCUGCAUAUGGAAAGCUAGGGCUAGCAAAUCUUUUGGAACUUAGGGAAGAAUGCUUAAGGGAAUUCCAGUUUGUUGAUGCCUAUAGAAGCAUCAAGCAAAGGGAGAACGAGGCAUCACUUGCUGUUUUACCUGAUUUACUUGAAGAGCUUGAUUCGAUGAGCGAGGAGGCAAGGUUGCUUACACUUAUAGAAGGUGUUCUUGCUGCAAAUAUAUUUGACUGGGGAUCUCGAGCAUGUGUGGAUCUAUAUCACAAAGGAACCAUUAUUGAAAUAUACAGAAUGAGCCGCAACAAGAUGCAGAGACCGUGGAGGGUAGAUGAUUUUGAUGCUUUUAAAGAAAGAAUGCUUGGAUCUGGAGGUAAGCAGCCUCAUCGACAUAAAAGAGCAUUACUUUUUGUUGAUAACUCGGGCGCAGACGUCAUUCUUGGGAUGCUUCCUCUUGCCCGAGAGUUUCUCCGCCGUGGGACUGAAGUUGUUCUAGUGGCGAACUCUCUUCCUGCUCUUAACGACGUGACCGCUAUGGAACUCCCUGAUAUAGUCGCUGGGGCUGCUAAGCACUGUGACAUCUUGAGGAGAGCGGCAGAAAUGGGAGGCUUACUUGUGGAUGCGAUGGUAAAUCCGGGGGAUGGAUCAAAGAAGGAUUCAACGUCAGCACCAUUGAUGGUUGUUGAAAAUGGAUGUGGAAGUCCUUGCAUUGACCUGAGACAAGUCAGCUCUGAGCUUGCAGCCGCUGCGAAAGACGCUGAUCUUGUUGUCUUGGAAGGUAUGGGAAGAGCACUUCACACCAACUUCAACGCUCAAUUCAAAUGCGAGGCUCUCAAGCUAGCAAUGGUGAAAAAUCAGAGAUUGGCUGAGAAGUUGAUAAAAGGAAACAUUUAUGAUUGUGUAUGCAGAUACGAGCCUCCCUCUCUUUAACAAUGUAAUGUAUCAUUUCUUCAUCCUUUAGACUACUUUGCCUCAAUAGCUUAUUUGCUCACUGUUGUAUACAGAUUAAGCAUUCGGCAUAUGUAUU